AUGAUCCGAAACAUCGCCAUUAGACUUGGGAGGCAUACCCCGACUUUUGACGAAAUUGAGAUGCGUCCUGUGGAUUCUGUUCUCGACACAGGGCAGGAGACACAUAUUGAUCGCCGAAACUGGUUCCAAAGAAAGAGAGAUCGGAUCUCCAACCUCAUUCACCGCAUGGACAGCCAUGUGGCCAAGUCGCCUGUUGGCAGAUUGUUCCGACUGAGAGGGAGUGGGCAUCCCAAGGAGAUUCACGAUGCUUGUCUGUCAACCGAGAUUCGAGCCGGGAUUACGACCUUCACUACAAUGGCAUAUGUUAUUGCUGUUAAUGCCUUCAUCCUCGCCGAAUCUGGUUAUGAUUGCCACUGCGCAAAACCGCAUGACGUGCAAGGCAACUGUGCCAACAUGGCCGAAUGGACCAGAUGCUACAACGAUGUGAAGCUCGACCUCAUCACUGCCACCUGUGCGGUGGCCGCCUUCUCCAGCAUCUUCUUCGGCCUUAUGACCAAUCUCCCUGUUGCCUUCGGUCCUGGCAUGGGUCUUAACGCCUACUUCACCUACCAAGUCGUCGGCGUCAAAGGCACAGGUCCGGUUGACUUCCGCGUGGCUCUCACUGCUGUCUUCAUGGAGGGCUGGAUCUUCAUGUUCCUGGCCCUAACGGGCAUGCGACACUGGCUGGUCAAGAUCAUUCCGGGCACCAUCAAGAUUGCAAGUGGUGUGGGAAUCGGCAUGUUCCUCACUCUCAUUGGCAUGACGUACACGUCUGGCAUCGGCAUCAUCACAGGUGGUGUCCAUACGCCGCUCGCCAUAGGAGGCUGUCCAAAGGAAGACCUCCAUCAUGCUACUGGAGAAUGCACCACGCGGAUUAUGACGAGCCCAAAGAUGUGGGUAGGCAUCAUUUGUGGUGGUCUACUCACCACCUUUUUGAUGGCCUUCCGUGUCAAAGGCGCCAUCAUCAUUGGAAUUGCUCUCGUAUCCAUCCUUUCAUGGCCACGCAACACCCCCCUGACCUACUUUCCUGACACCCCCGAUGGCAAUCAACGGUUUGACUACUUCUCCAAGGUUUUCAACUUCCAUCCGAUCCGUCACACCCUGGCACAGCAACAGUGGGAUCUUUCUGGAAGAACGGGCGGAAACUUUGCUAUGGCUCUCUUCACGUUCCUCUAUGUCGACAUCAUUGAUUGCACAGCAACCCUGUACUCGAUGGCCCGUUUCUGUUCCAGAUCGCGCAAGGAGGAAAAAGAUUUUCCACGGUCGACCAUCGCCUUUUGCAUUGAUGGCUUUUGCGUCUCGAUGGGCGCGUUGUUUGGGAUGUCCCCGGUUACCGCUUUCAUUGAGAGCAGUGCUGGCAUCGCCGAAGGGGGUCGCACGGGCCUGACGUCUGUAGUCACUGGGUUUUGUUUCCUGGUCUCGCUAUUUUUUGCUCCGCUGUUUGCAUCCAUUCCGCCGUGGGCCACGGGGAGUACACUCAUUCUGGUCGGUUGUAUGAUGAUUCGGCAGGUCACAAAGAUCAACUGGGCUUACAUUGGAGAUGCGAUACCGUCGUUUGUCACGUUGGUGUUCAUCCCCUUCAGCUAUAGCUGUGCCUAUGGCCUCAUCGCCGGUUUAUUCACCUACACUGUCAUCAACUGCGCCAUCUGGGUCGUUGUCAAAGUCUCAGGAGAGAGGAUCAUCCCUCAGCACUACGAUCUGAAGGAAUACUGGUCUUGGCGGCCGCCCGGCGACAAGCCGUGGAUUGUUCGAGCCGUGUUAGGGUUCAUAUACUGGGCCAAACACCGAAAAGAUUGCAGCGCUUCGUUCUCUCUGAGCUCGGUUGAUGAUGGCCUGGGUGCUGAGCAGUACCGGCCUGACAGGGCAUUGAAGGGCGCGGCCGAUGUCCACGAUAUCCCUAGAGUGGCAACGCCAGAGCCUUUCCGCCAGGUGUACUGAGCUUGCAACUCUGGGCACAUGAUGCCGGGGAGAAGCUGGAGAUUCAAAAUGAGUAACAUAUGAUCCAGCUGAUUGCGGACCUGGGCACUGAUGGAGUGGAUGGAGGAUCCCUGUGUGUAUCUCGAGCUUUCUGCUCAUAGGUAGCGUGUAUCUAUUGCUGUCCAGUGCUACUGUACUAGCAUAGUCCUGGAUGGGGAAGUUCAACAACAGUGCAGCUUCGAGAAAAAGAGCCUGCCGGUGCUCUUCGGUUUUACUCGAGGAAGCAACAGCUGAGUGAGGAAGGGAGCUAAAGAAGAGAGAGACAAGAGCUGAAUUUGUGGAAAUAGGAGGUAGUGACGGAGGUGAUGGUGAUCUUAGAAAGGAGUGAAGGCCUCCAAAAAGCAUAUCAAAGUAGAUAGUUGUUGGCUUAACACAGUUAUGAAAGACAAGAUAGGAGCAAGUCUGUGAGACAGUGCUUGCGAGCCCUUCCUGUUGACGUU